AUGUUGCAACCGGGUAAUUUAUCUAGAUCUUCAAGCUCUAGGUCUUCUAGAAGGGUGUACAAGUCAGUUAGAGAUGGUAGAAGCUUGGAUCCACCAGAGCUGAGGUGUGCUUGCAAGGUUGAGGCAAGGAAGAUGAUGUCUUGCACCACACGGAAUCCAGAUCGAGAAUACCUUUCAUGUGGAAGCACUCCAGGAAGAUGUAGCAUUUGGAUUUGGAGAGAUAUAUUAAUGGAGUACGUUGAGGAAAUGCUGGAUUAUUGUGGAGCGCCACUUAAGGAGAUGCUUGAUGAUGCAAACAGAAAGCUUGAUGAUCAAGCUAGAUUAAUUAAUUCCCCGAGGUUGAAGAUUGAACAAGAUUCUAGUGAUAGAGAGCAGCAGCUUGGAGAGGUCAUAGGUUGUAUAACAAAGCUUGAAGGAUCAGUGAGAAGGUUGAAGAUGUUCAUAUGGGGAACAAUCCUUUUGGUAUCAACUUGGUUAGCAAUUGGAGGAUCUGCUUCAAGUCUGGUGAAUAUACUGUUAGCUGUAACUUUAAUUUAUCUGGUUGUAGGGUAA